GGCAACGCUUACCCUCGGAGCUUCUCUGCAGAACAUUUGGUACUCACAAGUCAGGACAACAAUAAAAUAAUCUUGCUGAAUGCUCUAAUCUGUGUAAACAUCCUCCCCUUUGAUCUCACUACGCUGUUUCUCCUCUCCCUUCUCACCACCCGUCCUCCAACCACUAGCCAUGUCGUCCUGUCGGGUCCUGGCUCGAACACGAACCGCUGCCCUCCUAACUUCUCGAAUCCCUGUCCCGUCCCCAGCAGCACGCUCUCUCCCGAGACUCGUCCGUUUUCAGUCCACCCAAAGCAGCUAUGAAAAUAUCCUCGUUUCUGCUCCCAAGCCUGGAGUUGGUCUGAUCACCCUAAACCGACCAAAGGCUCUCAAUGCCCUCUCAAGUGCCUUGUUCGUCGAGUUGAAUGAUGCGCUUAAAAAGUUUGAAGAAGAUAAGGAAAUUGGUGCCAUCGUCUUGACCGGGAGCGAACGAGCUUUCGCCGCGGGUGCUGACAUCAAGGAAAUGGCCCCUUUAACUUUCUCCGAUGCCUAUGUCAACAACUUCAUAGCCCCAUGGUCUUAUCUGACCACGCUGCGCAAGCCUGUCAUCGCUGCCGUCUCCGGACAUGCUCUAGGCGGUGGUUGCGAGCUUGCCAUGAUGUGCGACAUUGUCUACAGUACCAAAACGGCCAACUUUGGUCAGCCCGAAAUCAAACUCGGCACGAUUCCUGGUGCAGGAGGCUCCCAAAGGCUCACAGCGGCUAUUGGAAAAUCAAAAGCUAUGGAGCUUAUUCUGACGGGCAACAACUUCUCCGGUGAAGAUGCGGAAAAGCAUGGCCUAGUGGCCAAAGCAUUUGACGGUGGACACCAGGAGGUGCUCCAAGGAGCAAUUGAUACUGCCGCCAAAAUCGCCAGCUAUUCACGCGUCGCAGUGAUCGCUGCCAAAGAGGUUGUCAACAAGUCCCAGGACUUGGGAAUCAGGGAGGGCGUCGAGUACGAGAGACGCAUUUUCCACAGUUUGUUUGGAAGCCAGGACCAAAAGAUCGGCAUGAAGGCCUUCGCGGAGAAGAAAAAGGCUGAAUGGAGCCAUUCGUAGACCAAUGAUCCCGGCUCGCUGUACAGAAAGAGCCAUUCGAAGGACCUAUUACCUUCACCUAAUUGGCCGCGUGCUCAGCAGUUCAUUUCUCGUCAAGUGACUUGUGCGACCUUGCUGUAAACUCGAUCUCUGCCGCGUGGAUUCUAUCUCGAACCGCUACUUUGAUUGGGAGUGCUCGUAGGUACCCGUCGUAUUUCGACCGUCCCAUUGUCUUCUCCG